GGUGAGGGGGAGCAGGAAGCGAUGCCAGCGAAGGGCUCACAUGAGGGCAGCCGCUGGGCGGUGGAUUUGGAAACGAGGCACUGGCGGGUCCCGGGAGGGCAGCGGCGAUGAUGGGGAGCAGGAGCCCUGCGGUCCCCAUCUGGAAGACAGAGGCCACUGGGGAGUCCGCAGCCGCGCAGGCGGGAGGAGGGGCCCGGGCGCGGCUCCCCGGGCGGCGCUGUGUUGCCGCUGAUGCAAUCGGGCCCGCGAGCGCAGCGCAGCGCAGCGCCCCUCCCUGCAGCUCCGCGCGGGGCCGGCCGGCCGGCGGGCGGGGGGGCGCGCUUCAUCCGGCCGGGCGCAGGCUUGCUGUCCUCAGCAUGAUGAAGGGCUGUCAGACAGAAUGCCUAGCUGGAGGAUGUACAGGGGGAGCCACGAAGCAAGUGACUGAAUCUUUCAAGGCUGAAGACUUAAUUAUUACCCCGGCAACUACUCUCAAGGAAAAACCAGACCCCAAUGGUUUGGUGUUUGGAACUGUGUUCACAGAUAACAUGUUGAUAAUCGAAUGGUCUUUGGCUUCAGGAUGGGAGAAACCUCAUAUUAAGCCUCUUGAGAAUCUUUCAUUACAUCCAGCCUCAUCAUCUCUCCACUAUGCUGUGGAACUGUUUGAAGGAAUGAAAGCUUACAGAGGAGUGGAUGGUAAAAUCCGCCUGUUCCGCCCCAUGCUCAACAUGGACCGGAUGGCACGGUCAGCAAAGCGAGCCACGCUGCCAUGUUUUGAUAAGCAUGAACUCUUAGAUUGUAUCCGGAAGCUUGUGGAAGUGGAAACAGAGUGGGUCCCCUACUCAGCCGCUGCCAGCCUGUACAUCCGCCCUACAUUGAUUGGAAUAGAGCCUUCUCUUGGAGUUAAGAAGCCAACUAAAGCCCUGUUGUAUGUCAUACUCAGUCCUGUGGGCCCUUACUUUGCAAGUGGAAGCUUUAAUCCAAUAUCCUUGUGGGCAGAUCCAAAAUAUGUAAGAGCCUGGAAAGGAGGAACUGGGGACUGCAAACUGGGAGGGAAUUAUGGUUCUUCUAUUUAUGCCCAGCAUGAAGCCAUAGAACUAGGGUGUCAGCAGGUUUUGUGGCUGUAUGGAGAAAAUCAUCAAAUAACUGAAGUUGGAACUAUGAAUCUGUUCCUGUACUGGAAAAAUGAAGAUGGAGAAGAGGAGCUGGCAACUCCACCAUUAGAUGGCAUCAUUCUUCCUGGAGUGACAAGACAGAGUAUUUUGGAUUUGGCACACCUGUGGGGAGAAUUCAAAGUGUCUGAGCGGUACAUCACCAUGAGUGAUCUGACAACUGCCUUGGAGGAAAACAGAGUGAAGGAGAUGUUUGGUGCUGGGACUGCUUGUGUUGUAUGUCCCAUUUCUAAAAUAUUAUACAAUAAUGAGAAUUUGAACAUUCCAACUAUGGAGAAUGGACCUCAGCUGGCCACUCGCUUCUUAAACAAGCUGACUGAUAUCCAAUAUGGGAGAGAAGACAGUGACUGGGCAAUGCUGGUGUCAUGAGCAAAAACCUGGAGAAGACUGGACCUUCCAUACACUAAAGACAAGCCAAACCAUUACACACAAAUGAUGACUGACUUCUCUAAUGGCGUAUGAGUAGUGUAGUCUUGUCACCUUGAUCCCCAAGAUAUUUGUUUCUCUAUGCCAGGGAAUGUGAACACAAUCAUUUUGAUUUUUACUAUAGUCUUGUUAGUAGAGGUGUCUCUUCUCUUUAGGGGUGCUAGAUGUAAGCAAUAGAACUUUUCCUAGUGGUUUUCUUAGUGCCUCCUUGUGUCUUAUGUACAGUCCAAAAACUUGUAAAAUACUUUUCAACUGCUCUUCAGUGUUUUAUUUUCCUCUCCCAAUUACUGUCACUGCCACCACCAGAGUUGGCUGCUAUAUAAAGAAAAGCAGUCCACUGUUUGGAGGCCUGUUAAUAUCUCUUUGUUUGUGUGCUCAGCUGUUGAAUACCUUUUAACCUUUACAUUUUUCCCCCCUUCUUUUACUACAUUUGGGUGGCAGGUUCCUCGCUUGAAUUUCCAGAACUCUUAAUAUUCUCCCUCAUUUUUAUUCUGCCAAAACACAGCAUCAUUCUUUAAAUUGCAUGACAGAGCAUGCACUCCUUCAGAAUGAGGAUAUAUUCAGUCCCAGAGCAUAGCAACAUGGGAUGCUUACAGAAGUAGAAAAAAAAAAGAACUUUACUUUAAACUUUGGGUGCCUCCACACUGAGCCCAGCGCCUGUCCAGAAAAGGCACUUUUAUCUAAUAGCUGAUUGAAUCAGCUAUUAGAUAAAAGCCGCCAAAAGCCCCGCUGAAGCGUGUGAUCUAUAUAGACGCUGCGGAGUUGGACUAACGCACUUCCUCUUCUGGUAAAGCACUGUUUUAUUUUGUUUUGGCGGUUUUUUCCCACAUCUGUCAGCAUCCAUAACUUCUAAAUUAGUUUGGACGAAUCGGCAAAGUGUUGUUUUAUUUUUUUGUUAGUUGAUUUUUUUCCUUCCCUGUCCAAAAGGUAAAGACUCUUCACCCUCACUCGCCAACAUGUUCCUUAAUAUGUAUUUGUGUUACAAAGAGGCUAUGGUUUUCCCACAUGGGUUCUACUUUUUGCUUUCCAGUGAAAGUGUUGAGUGCGGGAAGACCAAGGGACUUCAUUCCAACCUUGUUGAUAUGUUUAUUAUUUUCCCCUUCAUGUGCUACUGUACUCAUGCACACAUUCUGUUGUUUCCAUUUGGAGGCAAACAGAGCAUUUUUUGCUUCACAUUUGGGAAAGUUUAUGAUUUCUACAGAUUUUCUUUUACUGUUAAAUAUACUAUCAUCUAGAUAGUAUCGUUAUUUAUAUCAUCCAAAUGAGCCUUCCAUUCUAUACACAUGACUUUUUUAACAAGCUUUAACAUCUUCAUUGCCAAAAAAUGUUACAGUAUUCCAUAGCAGUGCUCCACGAUGCCUUCAGCCUGAUUCUUCUGUUACUUCAGCACAACGCUGGUAUAAUUUCAUUAACUUGAAUGGAGCUACACCUGCAUAAGUUAAUAUGGUGGAGCAUCUAACCCUCUAUUUUACAACAGACAUGCAGUAUUAGCAUGUAGUAUUUUUUAAAUGGCAAAUAACCAUUUUUUCCCACUGUUUGCUAACUGUCCCUACCUACAAUUGGCAACUGCUAAUAUAGGGCAUGUGUAGACAAAACAGGGGCCCUAAAUUAAAGCGGUGGGUUUUAAAAAACACCAUUUCAAUUUAGGGCUGAUUAAACCCCCAUGUUUUGCACAAAGCCCACUGAUUGACUUGCCUCUCCGGCGGGGAGGGGAGGGUGAGCUGCCAGCAGGUGGAGCGGUCUCUAGGCAGUGGGGGGGGAGGGGGGGUGUCUAGUGCUUCCCUCCGUGGCAGCAUCAGCCACCCCCCCCCCAGUCGGCACCCAGCUCGGGCAAUCCUGGGGGGCACCGCAGCCAUGGAGGGAAGCACCAGGCCCCUGUGCAGCUCAGGCAGGCUUCACAGGCAGGGAAAAAAAGAUCAGGCUCGCCACUUUUCUUGGGCGGAACCUGCUUUCCCAAACUGCUGCCAGACUGCCUGCAGGGCUUCCUGCAGAGUCAUGGAACUGCACAGAACCCGGUGCUUCGCUCCGCAGCUGUAGGGGCACCAGGGGGACCUGGUGACCGUCUAUAAACUCACUAGGGGGGACCAGAAGGGUUUGGGGGAGACCUUGUUUCCCCUAGCACCCCCCGGCAUAACAAGGAAUAAUGGCCACAAGUUGUUGGAGAGUAGGUUUAGAUUGGACAUCUGUAAGAACUACUUCACAGUUAGGGCGGCUAGGAUCUGGAACCAACUUCCAAGGGAAGUGGUGCUGGCUCCUACCCUGGAGGUCUUUAAGAAGAGGCUUGAUGCCUACCUGGCUGCGGUAAUUUGAGCCCAGUUUUCUUCCUGCCCAGGCAGGGGGUCGGACUUGAAGAUCUACAAGGUCCCUUCCGACCCUACUUCUAUGAUUCUGUGAAAAUAAAUCUCCUUGAAAAUUUUAGUUUGCUGUGCCCCAAGUCAUUUAAGGUGAAUUACGCUGCUGAAUUUCCUACAGCAGCUAGAAUUAAUGCGCAAUACGUCGCCAAGGCAUGCAAACACUGACACCACUGAAGUGGUGCAAAAGUAUUUAGCCCGCUUUAAAAUGUCAUGCACAUACCUCUCUUUUCAUCUACACAUGGCCACAGUAAACAUAAGCUAAUUAGCUCUAAAUAAGUAACCCACUGUUUUAGGCAACCACUUUAAAUUUCCAUAGGGCUUCUUUGUGAAUUUUUUUGGUUAAGAAGUGGUCAAACAUACCUUGCUAUUAGGCUAUCAAUUUCUUCUGCUCACUGCACAGUGGCUUUAGACAGAUUUUACUGUUACCCAGUCUUUAUAUUUUCUUGAAGAACAGUUGAAGGUUACUUAGUGACAGUGUAACAAUUAUUAAAAGUAAAUUGUUGGACAGUGUUCUCUUUAAAAUACAUGUGCAAGCAUAAAAUGCUGUUUCACUUCAGUAGCAGUAAAACUGUGUAUCUGUUCCUCUCUCAAUUUAAAUCUAUAUUGUGUUGCUAGUCUUUGUUCAGUAUCUUGCCAUGUAUUAUAAACUACUGGUAGUCUACCUUUUUAUAUGGUUGGUGAAAAAAGUAAUACGGGGGAUAUGUCAAGACAUGAUUUGGGGUAGAGAAGCUGUUUCCAGUAAGGCAGGUACCAUAACUAGAGUGGCUUUGAUUACAGCCUAUGUAUCAUGGAGCUCAUAUGAAGAUUACACAAUGAGUAAGAAUUAAGUGAUUUGGUUUUACUGAACUAUGAUCCAUUCCAUUAUGUUCAUCUUAGAUACUCCUCUUCAGUGUCAAGUGGGCAGGUGCAGCAUGUUGAUUUGUAGUAUAUAUAAACUGAACGUGUGACCUCCUACCUGAGAUAUUAAUAAUAUUAACAGGAGUUGUACAUCAGAAAUUCCCCUGGGCAACCCCAGUCUCCAAACAGUAAUCUGAUCGUAAGUUAAAAUGAAUAAAGGCCAAGUAGUCCGAUUGACUUAAAAAAUAACAUUUAUAGAUCUGUGAAACUUCUUAUGUCUGAUUAGUGAUUCCACGUGGAAGUAGCCAGUUGGCCUUUGAUGUUUGUGACCUACACUGCUUCAUGGGGAGACUAGAAUUAGAUCACCAAUCAUUUUGCCACAGAGCUGUUAAACCCUUCAAAAAUAAAAAGGCUAAAGCAGAACAAAAUUGGAAAGGUAGUCAGCUACUGCAUGUGCCACCUUUUGAAACUGUUUUGCCCUGUCUGCAUAAAUUCUGAUAGGCUUGAUUAGUUUAUUCAGACUCCAGUAAAUAGAUUUCAAGCUUCAGGCAUUAUAUUCUAGAUGAAAGAACUACAUAGCACAAUAAGCAAAUGGAGUAUUUUGAUGUUGCACAACAGACCUGAAGGGAAAUACAUGGCCUGUAUUCUGCAUCUGUAGUAUUUAUCCUAUUAACAAAAAAUUGCAAGAAAAAAGCAUUUAUAUAAAACAGUGAGCACUUUAGAUAUUGUGUUCUCUCUAUUUUAAUCCAUAAAGUUUAGGAAGGAACUGUGUUAUUCCCUGAGCUGAUAAUGUAAUGUUGCUCUUGUAAAAGAACAUCUGCACAAUCUCUUUUCCAUGUGUACUAUUUGUUUAAUUGCAGCAGAUUUACAUAGAAAGAGCAUGGUACAUCAUAACUAGGCAAUUAUCCAUUCUUCAUCACUUAGUUAUGGUUCCACUAAUUGAUCAUUUAAGACAUAAGAUAGUCUAACAUUAGGAACAUUUGAGGCUGUUUAAAAAAGAUCAACAAAUUAAUAUUGUUGUGUGAUAUUUGCAUAAUUGGCUGCAAUUAUUUAACAUUUAAUUGGGUUGAUCAAAUGAGAUUCAGCCUCUCGCAUAUGUAUGCUUUACAAACAGUGGUGCUUUAAAAUGAUAAUAAUGAACUAAUUUUUGCAUGUUCUUUCUUUCCCCACUUCAUUCUUUGAUUAUUCUUUUCAACGUUGAGCAUGUCCUUAAUUUUCAGGUCAGUGAGUGUGAUUUAUCAGCAGAAAAGAAGUCCUUGGGAUGAGAGAAUGUUUCAGAGGUCCUUGAACUUGUAUUUCACACUAACUUUUCUGAUGGAGGAGUUGUGAUAUUACCAGCUUCCGGAUUCAAGUCAGGGCAAAUGCUCUGACUUGCAGUAACUUUCGUGAGAAUUCUAACAAAAGCUUCCCAAGGACUGAGACUCCAACAGGAGGAGAUUGUGGUGGCACAACACAAUUAAUUUCCACUGAAGUUGGAAGGGCAGCAAGGACAGAAAUGGAAGGUAUUGGCCAGGAAGGGAGAAGGGUGAAUCUUCUGAUUCAGUGUAUGCUUCCACAGUCUCAACCAUCAGGAUUUCCAUAAAACUCAAGCUGUCAGUUAAGCCCAGAAACCUUCAGCAGGACACCCUCUGAGAGAAAUACAGUUGACUUCCCUGUAAAAGGAAAGGGGAUUCUCUUGUACUUAUAUUACACCUGAAGAACAACAAUCUGAAUAUAUGGAACCUUUUAAAACUAAAGUUGCAUUAGAUGUUGAGUGAAAUUCAUACACAAAAGUAUGUUAGCAGUUAGGUAAGAAAGGGAGGCCAAAGGGGAGAGAGUGAAGAACAAUUCCACAGCCCCAUUACCAGCGGGGGGAAAGAGAAGGAAGUAUUGUUGGAUGGUUUCUACAAAAUAACCUGUAUGACCUCCUCAGAUGGCUGAGUUUUGAUUGCCUUUUGAUAGUAUCCAAUUCAAUACAGAUUCCUGUAGCAGAGCUAAUGCUAAUACCUACCAAGCUAUGUGGUGGAUCCCCCAUUAUGUGGUAUACUUAAAUUUGAAUGAGAUGUCUCUCUAGAGGAGAGCUGUGGCUCAGCUGAAAGUUAUGGCUUGAAACAAUUACUGAUGAAAAAUCAAUGACCUAUUUUAAGAAAGAGAUCAGAUUAAAUCAUAACGGUUCCUCUUGGCUUUAAUAUGUUUUUGCCUCUUAGUUUUCAGUCUCUGCCUAUGGCUUUCAUUGGGUUCAUUUUCUCAUUUCUUCCAUCUUCGAAAAAUAAAAAAAAAUAAAAUCAAGUAAUAUCGGGACCAAAUUUUAGUACAGUUAGUAACUUCUAUUAAUAAGACUUCUGUGGGUACUUACUGUGCUCGAAUAGUAAUUGUUUUGGGGUGCCUAGAUAAGAAGCCAGAGUCACUGAAGUGCAGCAGAAUGAUGAGAAUAUUUUGAACAAGGUAAUGGGCUUUUAUUUGAGAAUUCAGUACUCCUCCUCCCCCCCCCCCCUUUCAUCCCAGUUUGAAACUAAUGAAAAUAUUGUGGAAGAAGACAAAGGCCUUAGAAAUAGUCAGUUCUUGACUCUGGGCACAAGAAUGCCCAGAGUUCAGGGUAGUAUUCCAAUUUAAUGUUAACUCUCCUUUUUCAUUCAUUAAGCAUAAUAAACAAAACAAUUUACCAGUAAAUUUGAAAUUAUGGAAUCUCAUGGCUUAGGUGAAAUGCUAAACUCACUGCUCAAAAUUUCUUUCCCUCUUGUGGCCUCUUGUGCAUAUGGGAUCAAAGGAUUUGGAUUAAAAGGUUCUGACUAGACUGUUUGUAUUAUGCUGCUUGGCUCCUAGUUAUAAUUUGGUUAUCUACAUACAAAGGAAUGAGCAAAGAAGGGAUUAGGAAUUGGGUCCUAGGGGUUCCGCUUUGGCUCCUACACUGACCUUGGACAAGUUAAAUAACCACUCUUUAAGUUCAUUUGCCCAUCUGAAAUCAGAAAUAGCACCAGCUUAUAUUAAGGGUGAAAAAUAAAUAUUGAGUGAGGUAAUGGCUUGGGUUUUACUGGGGCUGUGGAAAGAGUUUGAAGAGUCUGCCCUGUUAGAAGCCCCAGAAUAAGCCCACAGCUAACUGUUAGGAGUUGGGGAGGCUGUUCCAUACAUCCACAACAGGUUUUCUUUAAUCUACCUAUUCCAUCUGACUUUUGUCCCUGUCAGAAGCAAGGUACUGAACUAGAGGGUCCACUGAUAUAAUGUUUUAGUUUUUGGCAAUCCUGUAUUCCUGUCCAAACAAGAACUGGAUAUUCUGUAUUCUACCGAGGGCAAGAACUGAAUCACACUUCACCUGCUUGGCCAAAAACCAUGGCCAAGAAAGUAGGUAGAAGGAGGAUGCAUGUUCCUUACCCGUGGGGUUUGUUCAGGUGGUAUAUAUACUUCCUACUUAUUACUGAUUUUACUGUAACGCAACAGUUUAACUGUGUAUUUGCAAAGUACUUUGAAGGAUGGAAAGCACGGUUUAUAAAUGCAGAGUGAUACUAGUACUAUUUUGUUGUACAUGGGUUCAAUCUAGACUUUAGCCAAACAGUAUCCACUUUGUUACAGAUAAGCUAUAAAUGAAGUUCAUUCACUUUCAGAAAUAUAUUUAACCAGCUGAGGUAGAUGUCAGAAAAGAGCCAGUGUUUGAAGCAUCUCUUCCUAGCUAAUUGCAUCAUUUUAAUUAUGCAGAACACAAAUGUUGAUUUUUAUGAUGCAGCCUGUUUUUAAGACUUCUUGCAAUGAAACCAUAAUCUUAUGAAAUGCAAAUCUCAGUUCCAAGUUUAUAACAGCAUUUGGCAUGUAGAAAAAUGUUUGACAAGGACACUAUUCAGAGAUCAGAUGUAAAUUCAUGUUUAUAUUUGUCAAAAUCAAGCUGAAGUUUGUAGGAACCAUUUCAUCAGCCAUGUUUCUAAACCCUUCUGCAAUAGCAUCCAUCCCCUACCAUUUUAGAUCACUGCUGUUUAACAUAGCACUCAUGUAAGGUUAAUCAUUGUUUUGGGGUCCAUCCUGCAAAGGUGCUGCUGAUUCUGGAAUUUGACAGAUAGGAAUUGAGAAGCAUUAGGAUGCCAUUUAUUUUUACAGAAAUAGUUAUGGACAUUAAACUCAAGACCCACUGUUACUAUUUGGCUCAUUUAAGUAGCUGUGUUUUUCAUUUGUGAUGGAAAAAGAGAGAACAGAAGAUGAUUUACUGAGUUUGCUCAUUUACAAGAUUGUAAUGUAGAAAAGCCAGAUAAGAUUUUUAAAAAUCGGACCCUAAACGACCAAAGGUGAAAAUGCAAUCACUCCUUUGGAGCCUUGUAAAGGAUUUAGGUUUUAAAAGCUUUUUGUUUAGAAUUGCCUGCUGAAUUAGAUUAAUAUCACAAAGGCAGGUUCGACUUUUGAAGAAGAAAUUAACCAUGAUACUGAAUAUGAAUUUGCAGUGUCAUUCUGUGUCUGUAGAAAAGCAUUAGGUAAACCGUGUUCACUGUCCUUGCCACACCCUUCUCCAUUGCCCCACUUCCCCCAGUACAACAGCUAGUUUUCUGUAUUUUUCAGUGAAGACAGAAGUGCCCGCUGUAACUGAGACCGCUUUGCAGGAAGGGUUCUGAGUUGGACCACUUCCCUGGACCAAACAGAAGUUCAGUUGGUUUGGGGGGUUGGGGAGGAAUCUUUGCAGUUGGUUUCUCCUAGCAACAGCUCUCCUCUCUCCUAGCCUAUCCCUGUUUCAGAAUUGGAGAGGGGAAAGGGAGGAGGAGCUCGUUCUAUGGGUUCUCCAGCAAGGGUUGAAACCCCCCCAGACCAAACUCCCUCUGCUCCCUUUCCCCCUUUCCAUUCUGAAAACAGCUCGAAGCUGGGACGCAGCACAAACACAAGUUACAGAAGACACUGUUUUGAAACAAUCUUCAUGUGACCCCUGAUGCAAUGAGAGUUCAGAUUUUCACCUGAUUGGCCCAUUUUUUAAGCACUCUGCAGCCGUGCACUUGUGUUGGAUCACAGCUAUGAACAUUUUUCUAUGGCCGGAUUGGGUGGAAAUUGUCAUUUCUCUCUGUGUCCUUCAUCUCUUUUUAGGAUAAUAUAACUAGGUUUAAAAAAAAACCCAACCAAAACUGGAACUCACCAAUAAUCUAAGAAGUAUUCAGAGCAGAAGUGAGCGUUCCACAUCCUCUGUGUAUAACCGCUCCUAUGAGAUACUCCCCCCUCUUCAUUGUUAAUGCCUAAAUUGUCUAGAGCAAGAACCCCUUUGUUCUGUAAAAUCCCUGGUUUACUCAUAUCUUCACUGAAUGCAUGCUACUAAUGGAUUGUGGGAGAUGUCAGAGAACACACAGUGAAGUAUGAAGCCCCCUUCACAGAACAGGUACAGUGAGGGCAGUGAUGGUGCCAUCCUACCUCAACUGUGUUUUGGUGCCAGGGUACUAUACCCUUUCUAGUUUAUAACAUGCCAGUAGCUGGCUGGAACUGGUGAUAGGAGAAGGGGAAUAAUAGUUAACUGUGAUUAAUUCCUUAAUUUAGGAUGUUGAUAAGGAAUUCAUAUCUUCAUUCUUUGACCUAAACAUCCUUAACUGGACAUGAUGGUCCAUAAUAGGGGAUUGAUCUGAAACUGCUUUCAAGCAGUUCCCUUUGGAGCAGUAUAUUUGUGUCAAUGAAUGCCCCAGUCUAACCAGUUUGCAUUUGCAAGGCAACUAUUAAAGUACUUUAUUACUUGGAAUUUCUACACUUAAAUAGAAAGAAUUAGAAUCUUAAACCAGGGACAAGUAAAUACUUCUGAAGAGCCUUUACUAUCAUAAAUGUUCAAGUUAACAGGGUAUUUUACAAGGAGCUGAGCAUAUAAAAAUAUUCAAAGGCAAGUGUGUGAAACAAUAUUGGGUAAAGUAAAGGAAACUCUACCUCAUUCUCUAAAGGUUUUGUAGAAGCACAAUUAAACACUCCUAAUAGCAUUGUUACAUACAGACCAUCUGGCAUGAAAGAAACACUUUUAUAUUUGUAUGUCUAUAAGUCCUGUAAUAACUGUAUUUUACUGGCAAUAGAAACAGUCUAUACUGUUUUGCUGUUUCCUCACCAAAACUGUAAUUAUGAAAUGUUUCUGUCUUCAAUAAAGGAAUUUAAUGGA